AUGAAGGACCGUCAGCCCGACGCAGAUGUGCUUGUUGUCAAGCAGGUUGCCGACGCCUUUGGGAUGAAAAAGGGAUGCCAGGUCGACAGCGACAACCCAGUCAUCGAAGCGACGCAUAUCGAGUUGCCUUCCAAGGAUCAAUACCUCUCCCGCUAUGAUCUCUGGAGGCUCACAGUCGGCGACUUGACGAAACCGGUACAAUCUACAAGGGCCAUGCUGUUCAAGCGAUGGGCCACCUUACGGGUCAAACACCUUGUUAGCAUCGUCCUGUUCGCCCGUGUCGAGUACGACACUGGUUUGACCACCGAUCUAGCUAGCAGUGCUCUGCAGAGCGAUUACUACACGGGGAUCCAGCCGACUGGUACGAAGAGGCCGCACAAAGACUUCUAUCGCGUCGUCGUGAGUGAGAUGACCAGCGGCGAGUGGACCGAGAUUCUUCACCGGCUUAAAAACGAGUUCGACUACUUUCAGCGAGACAUUAGUACACACCUCCAUCAGACCGACGUCGAUCUGGGUUUCGCCAACGAAGAGGAGCUGCCGGAGAACGCUCGUAACCGAAAUACCGCUGUUCCGGUGUUGUCCAUGCAUGGCAACGUUCUGGAGGCGAUCCAUCUGGCCGUCACAAGUUGCCCAUGA